CUGAAAGUCGUAAACAUUACAAUGAUAAAUUAAGAAGAACUAAAUUUGAAACCAUCACAUUCCAACAUAUUUAAACUAUGCAAUCUCAUUGGAUCCGUUUUGGAAGCAUUAACACUUUACAACGUUUCUUUAUGAUAUCUCAAAUCUUGUUAUGGUUUUUUCCGGAUCCCUCUUCAUUCGUUAAAUCUCCCCAUAACUCAUGGCUUUUGCAAGAGGACGAGAAUCAUAUCCUGAAUUUCACGAAGUUUUGCCUUGACCAAAUAUUUACCAAGUACGGUGGUUGCUCUCGUGAUACCCAAAGUGCUGUCAGGUCUACAACCACGUUGACACCUGCCUCUCUCAUUGAAUUGUCUAAUAGAAGGGCUAUGCCCGAACCCGAGCAAAACAAUAACGAAAAUGCCGUUAUUAAUAUAACCCAAUUUACGCUGCUGUUAUCUAAAAUAGGUCUCGACACUAGCCCCAAAUCAACCAAUCCCAGAGAAUCGAUUAAAAAGACGAAAACUGACGAAAUGGUUAAUGAUAUUAAUAUAACUACCGUUUCAAACAAUGUAAACAUCGUAGACGCUACGAAUGUUAAUAAUAGAGUCAUGAGGCAAGUCAAAAUGGAGACGUCUGAAUUGAACGGAGAUGAAUUUGGAAAAGCAUGUUUAUCUCCUCGCGGUAUCCUGAAUCAAUUCAAUAUGCCCCCUUACAAAGGCAUCACUAAACACGAUUUCUUGGCCCAUAUUUGCCCCGUGUUAAUAUUCCAACUGGACCAGGACGAGUGCCGACGCGCCCUUGUACCCGCUCAAACAUCUUUUGUCAAAUCUCAACAACAGAUGCUUUCGGAUUCAAGGUAUCCACCUCAUCUUAAAACAAAGACUUCGCGACUUAUAUUCGCGCCUAAAACUUGGGUGUAUGCGUUGAUAUCUGUCUUCAUAAUCAGCGUUGUGGGAUUUUUAUUGGUCUUGAUAUUUUGCCAUUUCAUAUCCACCAAUCGUUCGAAAUCAUCUAAGAAUGAUCCUUACAAAGCCCGCAAGGAUAGUACUUUGUUAUCGCAAUUCUGCGUAGCUCUAGCUGUGGGAUCCUUGGCCGGAGACGCCUUAUUACAUCUCCUGCCACACGCAAUUUUCGAAGCCAACGUCAACGACCACGAACACAAUAACAAAAUAAUUAUUUGGAAAGGUUUUCUCACCCUUUCUGUCCUGGUGAUGUUUUUCUUUUUCGAAAAAUUGAUGAGGUUCGUAUCCUGCUGGCGUAACGCUCACAAGAAUUAUUCGUUCGAAGAGGACAAAAAUUUUGGCGACGAUGAUAAGAUCAACGAUAUUCAUCAUCGUAAGAAUAUGAUCCAACAUGUUUACAAAGUUAGUCCUCUGGAAGUUUUGGAUGACGGGUGCGUUGUUGUCUGUGAUCAAAAUAACCAAAAAAUAAAUCCUCAAUCCAACGAUGAUGACAAGGCUCGAUCGGCAAUAAAUAAUAAUAAUCAUUCGACCCUUUAUCCUAAUCAGUCUAAUCAGAAUCACGAUGAUUCGUCGAAUUGCACGAACACUAAUAGUUACACUCUUUUAAACCAAGAUGAAAAAAAUCGUAUCCACAAUCUUGAUAUGCCCAAAUCAUUAAAACCAAGGCGCAGAAAAUAUUUGUCUAUAAACGCACUGACUGUCGUAUUUGGAGAUGCUUUUCACAAUUUAUUCGAUGGAUUAGCCAUAGGCGUAGCAUUUAGUGGAAGUAUUACUGCCGGCAUCAGCACUGCGAUCGCUAUAUUGUGCCACGAGUUGCCUCACGAAUUGGGUGACUUUGCUUAUCUCAUCAAUUGCGGUGUGAAACGUAAAUUAUGCCUACUUUUCAAUUGUUUCUCUAGCCUUUGUGCAGUAUUUGGUUGUCUGGUGGGGCUCUUUAUUUCGUCGGGUAAAGGUCUUAAAUCGUCGGUGACCGAUGCUAACUACGAUGCCAAUGACAUAGAUGAUUGGAUAUUUUGCGCCAUCUCUGGCAUGUUUCUUUACAUCUCAUUGUCUAACAUGAUCCCAGAAUUGAGGCAAAAAAACGAAAGUCAUCAUCAUGAUCAUCACCAUCACAAGACAGAAGAAUCCAACGAUAUUGAUAAUGUAAAUUUUCGCGGGAUCACGGGCCAAGCAUCAAACCAGCUCAAAGUCAAGCAAGAACUCAAAUAUUUUAUCGUUCAAAUGGGCGGUAUUACAACUGGUGUCACUAUCAUGUUACUCAUAGCCCUAUACGAAGAAGAUAUUAAACGGCUGAUAUCCUAGCGACACGAAUAAUAUCGUUCAUUCAAAUCAAAAAAUCAUACUGGUGAACUAUAAUUCUGCAAAUAUUCUCUAAUAGAAAAAAAACUACUAGAUUUACGAAUUACUCAACAAACAUAAUGAUUUAUAAUUCCUCAAAACUUUUAUAUACAUAUUUUAAUUUAUACAAAUUUUUAAAGUUGUACAUAGUAAAUUUUUAUAUACUCUUUUACACACAACA